CGGCCACGGAAAGAAAUUUCUUACUCACUUCUACAACCUCAUUUUUCACAAUACCCUCUACGUAAGGAUUCUUAGUCAGGAUUCCGGCAGACAUCAUGAUGGCGACGGCUGGUAUUAAUCCCGAAUUGGCAGCAACUAUACAAUAUGGAGUGGACGUGGGCCGAUUCAGCACGACUUCGAAAGUGACGUUGGUUGAAGUCUCGUUACCUGAUCUCAUAUCCGAAGAACCAGAUUUUGAUGACGAAAGUUUAUUGCGGAGACUCGAGACUAUAAGAAAUGAGACACCAGGCACGGCUGUAAGAAUACGGAACUUUUUUAUCCCAUGGGCUGUCCAUGACAAGCAGCUAGCAAUCACUUCUGCUAGCCUCCUCCAGAUAUGCACCAUAAUCCGUGUUCCUGUGCUCUUUAUCGAGGGACUACUACAAUAUGAUUACUGGGUCAGGCCUGGAAAUGGCUUAUUCUUUCCUCGAGAUGAAAACGGGGGAUACUUAAAAUUAGAUCUCUUCUAUCGGUGUCCUUCCUCUGGAGGUGGUCGGGCGUAUAUCUUCACAACAUAUGACUUUGCAAAGAAGCUUACAACAAAUCUCUGUUUUAAUGUCCAGCCAAAUCAAAUGCUUCUAGUCGAAAAGCCUGGAAUUAGACUUGUACGGUCUUCUAGUGAAGAGCUAUUGACAAUUCAUAUACGCCUGGCAUCGCAGAUCCUACAAAGUCUCAAUAAAGAAGCUUCUAACUUCAGAGUCCUCUUACUACAGGACGAAAACAGGCAAUUUAGUGCCGAUCCCAAGGCCAAAUCCGAAAAUCUUCACAGGAUUACCCAGCAACACAGGAUUGCCCAGCAACUCCAUAUCGCUGUGGAAAAUUUUAUAGACUUGGAAGAGCUAAUAAAAUUCCUCAUUGGGGCGAGCGAAAAAGUCAGACUUGCCAUCGACCCGACUCCGGCGGCGGGAACCACAAAUGAAGCUGAUAUGCUGUCAUACCUGUUGUCCAAGGUCCACUAUUCUAAGCGCUGGGUCUCAAACUAUCGGGACCGAGCUAACAUUCGCAUCAAUUUGGCUUUUCACCUCUCUACUCAAACAGAUAACAACGUCAACCUCCGCCACGCAAGACUGGCAAGGCGCGAUACAAAGCUGAACACGUUGAUCGCAACCCUCGCACGGAGAGACAGUACGGACAUGCGAGUGAUCACUUGGAUAACCCUUGUCUUUCUCCCUGGGACAUUCACGGCGACACUCUUUAGUACAAGCUUCUUUAAUUUCCAACUAGACAACAACGGUUCGCACGUAUCAAGAUGGAUCGCGCUCUACUGUGGAGUUACAGUCUUCCUCACUGCAGCGGUCUUCGCCAUUCGCUCUUUACUCUUCCGCAGCAAGACGAAGCUAAAGGUCGAUGACAUAGACAAACUGCUUCAGGAGACCAAGAAAUUCGUGAAAGAAGAUGAUGAUGACGAAAAGGAAGAGCUCAACGAAUAUAUUUGAGCGCCCAGGAUUGGGUUUUAGCGGAGAAUGGAUUCCGAUAGCUCUGUUUCUUGUUUCAUCAGUAUCGAAUGCUAAUUGCUAUUUCACAACCAAAAAAUCUUUUCACGCGUGCGCUGUAACCUCAACCCUUUAUUAUAUAAA